AUGGCUCGUGAUCGUCUUGCGGCCAUGAGGGCCCAGCAAGCCGGUGGCUACGGAGGCUAUGGAGGAGGCAACAACGGCUAUGGAGAUCACUCGUAUCCCACACAGCAGCAGGGUAAUGCCCAAGGCGGCUACGCUCAGCAGCAUCAGCAGUCAGGAUACGCUUACAACCACGCGUCGUAUGAUUCUCAACCUCAGGCUGGAUAUGCGCCACCUCAACCCACCGGAUACGGACAGAUGCCACAGCCGCAAUCAGCCGGCUAUGCUGCGACUGGAGGCGCACCUCCCAACUCUUACGAGAUGCAAAGCGUGACCACCGAGAAGCCCGCCGGUGACAUGAAUUCGUUCUUCUCCGACAUCUCUGAAAUCCAGGACACCAUCCGCCUCAUUGACGAGAAUGUCAACAAGAUCUCAGACCUUCACUCGCGUUCGCUCAACAACAUGGAUGAGGCAUCCGCCCAGUACGCUGAGCAGCAACUCGCUAGCAUCCAGCAGGAGACCUCUUCGCUCACCAAUGGCGUCAAGAACCGCAUCAAGCUGCUCGAGUCCCAAAACAAGCGCGUUCCCGCAGGUGGCGACAAGAACGUGCGUAAUACCCAGAUUGGCGCCGUCAAGAACCGCUUCAAGGAGACCAUCCAGCGUUAUCAGCAGGUGGAACAGAGCUAUCGUCAAAAAUACCGCGCACGCGCCGAGCGCCAAUUUCGCAUUGUCAAGCCCGACGCCACACAGCAGGAAAUCAAGGCGGCGCUCGACGACGACCAGAACGGUCAGAUCUUCUCGCAGGCGUUGCUCAACUCGAAUAGACACGGUGAGGCCAAGGGGGCGCUCCGGGAGGUACAAGAGCGACACGAAGAUAUCAAGAGGAUCGAGCGAACCAUCACGGAACUCGCGCAGCUCUUUAACGAAAUGUCGAUCCUCGUUGACGAGCAGGACGAUGCGCUCAACGUAAUCCAGGAACAAGGUGCCCAGGUCGAGACCGACAUGAACCAAGGUUUGCAGCAUACCAACAAGGCCGUCGACUCGGCGAGAAAAGCACGAAAGAAGCGUUGGAUCUGCUUCUGGAUCAUCGUUAUCCUCAUCAUCGUCAUUGCUGCUAUCAUUGUCGCGGUCAUCUGCACAAGACCGGGCAACUGCGGUCAGAGCAACGGUAACGGCAACGCUAGGAGGAGUUUGAUCACCAGAGCUGUGCAGUAUGGUCAUGGUCUGCUCAUCGAAAAGAAGGAUGCUAGGGCAUAUUUGUUGCCUGACUUGGGCAUGUGA